CCCUAUUUUUAUAUAAUCUCAUUAUUAUACAUACACCAUAUUUAUUUCUAUAUACCUGUAUCUAUCACUUCAGCAAUAAUCUCAUAUCCCUCCCAUGGCGCACGAUAGCGACCUUCCCUGCGACGGAGAAGGCCGAUGUAUGAUCUGCAAAAUCAAUCCCCCUGAAGAAGAGAAGAUCACGUGCAAGACAUGUGUCACUCCAUGGCACGUCACCUGUCUAUCUGUCCGUCCCCAAACCCUAGCCGAUGCUGCACAGUGGGAGUGUCCUGACUGUUCCAAUCUCAUUUCAUCCGACGCGCCGCCGUCGACAAUCGCAUCGGGAUCUGCACCCUCCGAUGCGCUUGUUGCGGCAAUACGCGCUAUUGAGUCAGAUGCUUCACUUUCUGACCAAGAGAAGGCUAAGAAACGUCAGCAGUUGUUGAGUGGUAAGGGAUCUGACGACGGCGAUGAUAAAACAACCGGUGCCGGAAAAGAAACCGCUGCCGGCGGUAGUGGUGGUCAUGAUGUUUUGAAGCUUCUUAGUGGAAGCUUCAACUGCUCGUUUUGUAUGCAGUUGCCUGAAAGACCUGUCACGACGCCUUGUGGUCACAACUUUUGCUUGAAGUGUUUUGAAAAAUGGGUUGGUCAGGGGAAGCGGACCUGUGCGAUAUGUCGCACUUCAAUUCCUCCUAAAAUGGCAAGCAACCCUAGAAUCAAUUCAUCGCUUGUAAUUGCUAUUAGGAUGGCGAAGAUGACAAAAUCAAAUGCUGGUUCUGGGCCACCUAAAGCAUACUAUUCUGUUCUCAAUCAAAACAAGCCAGACAAAGCUUAUACCACUGAGCGGGCAAAGAAGACUGGGAAGGCGAAUGCUUGCAGUGGAAAGAUUUUUGUGACUGUUCCACCUGAUCAUUUUGGACCAAUUACUGCUGAGAAUGAUCCUGAGAGGGGGAUGGGUGUUAUGGUUGGAGAAACUUGGGAGGAUCGUAUGGAAUGUAGACAGUGGGGUGCUCAUCUUCCUCAUGUUGCUGGUAUAUCUGGGCAGUCUGAUUAUGGUGCACAAUCUGUAGCACUAUCUGGAGGAUAUGAAGAUGACGAGGAUCAUGGAGAAUGGUUUCUCUACACAGGAAGUGGUGGAAGAGAUCUGAGUGGAAAUAAAAGGACAAACAAGACUCAAUCAUUUGAUCAAAAGUUUGAUAAAUCAAAUGAAGCUUUACGUGUUAGCUGCAAGAAAGGUUACCCAGUACGUGUUGUGAGGUCUCACAAAGAGAAACGUUCAGCAUAUGCACCUGAAACAGGAGUCCGCUAUGAUGGAGUGUAUAGGAUAGAAAAGUGCUGGAGGAAACCUGGAAUUCAAGGAUUCAAGGUAUGCAGAUAUCUUUUUGUUCGUUGUGAUAAUGAUCCUGCUCCAUGGACUAGUGAUGAAACUGGAGAUCGUCCAAGGCCAUUUCCUGUCAUUAAAGAGCUGAAAGAAGCAACUGAUAUUACAGAGAGGAAAAGUCCCCCCUCUUGGGAUUAUGAUGAGGAGAAGGCUUGUUGGAUGUGGAAAAUUCCACCACCUGAAAGUAGAAGACGUGCAGACACAGGAGAUGCAGCAGAUGGCAAAACUCCUAGGGUUGUCCGUCGUAAAACCCAAAUGAUGUCUGUCAGCGAACGACUCCUGAAAGAGUUUUGUUGUCUCAUCUGCCACAAAGUGAUGAAUCUCCCACUUACAACCCCGUGUGCACACAAUUUCUGCAAGUCCUGUUUGGAGAAUGCUUUUGCUGGUCAGACUUUUAUCAAGGAGAGGAACUGUGAAGGGAGACGUACAUUACGGGCACAAAAGAACAUCAUGAAAUGUCCAACAUGCUCUAAUGACAUUUCUGAAUACCUACAGAAUCCACAGGUUAAUAGAGAAUUAAUGAGUGUGAUUGAAUCACUCCAAAGGCAGACCAAAGAAACGGAGGAAAACGCAGCUUCAGAAGAAGAAAUGGUGGAUACAGAUGAGAAAAAUGAUGAUGUUAAAGAGGAAGAGAAAGAUGAGAAGGUUGAGACUGAGGUCGAACAUAUGAGUGCUGAGGGUGAUGCCACAUUUGAUCCAGUUAAUGAAGAUAAUAAGGAAACUGAUCAAAAUGAAUCCAUAGCAAAAUCUUUACCUAAAGUUAGCAAGAAUAUGGAGGUAAACAAUGAGGUUAAAGAUGUGAAUUCUGAUGCUGAUGUUGUAUUUGAUCCAGUUAAAGAAGCUGUCAAGGAUAGUGAUGCCAAAGAACCCCUUGCAAAACCUACACCCAAAGCUAACAAAAAAAGGAAAGCAGGUGUUACUGAUAAUGCUCCAAACAAGAAGCUACAUGAGGAGGCUAAAAUCUUGGCAGGUGAUGGCAUUAAUGAUACAGGUAAUGGCAAUCAAGAUUCCAGCCUGAACCUAGAAGUCACUGAGAGUAAAGAUUUAGGAGUUGCUGAAGUGGGUAAGGGAGGUAAGAAGACUUCAAAGCAGAAGAAAGAUAUUGAUGCAAAAUGUUCGGCACCUGCAAGUCCAGGAGCCAGGACCAGAAGCAAGAAGAGUGAUGACAUCAUUGAUAGUACUGGCAAUGACAACAAGGAUGCUACUCUAAAGUCUGAAGUGACUCUAAGCAAAGACUCGAGUGAAUUGGAAAAGGCAAGCAAGAAGGCGUCAAAGCAGAAGAAAGAUGUUGAUGUGAAAUGCUUGGCACCUGUGAGUCCUGGAGCCAGAACCAGAAGCAAGAAGGCUUUGUAGGAAGGGGGUCCAUGACUUUGUAUGACUGUUCACAAUGAAUGAACCAUUUUAUUUUCUUUUUGGCAGGUUGCAAAUUGAUUGUGGCAAUUUUUGAAAAACUAUGCAAUAUUUAGGCCUGCUGACCUUAUGUAUUGUUUUGUAUGCCGUUGAUAUUAGGCCAUAGACAUUGCUAUUCGUAUUUCGGUAACAAAUGUGAAAGUCAUGACUGUAUAUUAGUAGUUAAACUUAUGGGAUUUCCUUAUCCUGAACC